AUAUCUGUUAUAGAGCUGUGGGAAGCCGCCUAUGAAUGGCGCCCAUUUCCUGCUUCCGGGUUCUUCCCGGCCUGAACAAGCCCGCCAAAUUGUCAUAUCUGCCCAGUUACCCGUGACGCUAGCCUAUCAGCUUGUUAGGCGCGCUUCUCUGUGAUUGGAUACUGCUUCCCCUUAUAAGAGGUUGUUCCUGCCCCCAACGGCGGAAGAGGAACCAACGUUGAGGGUGGCGGACCUUGUCAGGUCCGGUUCGCUGUACGUAAUAAAGUUUGAGAGCUGAUCCUGCUCGAGUUUGGUCUCCUGUCUCCCGCGGCUCCGGUCAUCUGGUGGCCCGUACGGGGAAAAAGGUAAAAGACUCAGCGACGUGCCUCUUCGGCCGGGAGGUGCAAUUGCUGUCACCUGCGGUACGACGGAGGACCUGGCCCAAUAACAACGGAAGGCCGCGAGCACCUCUUCUCUUCACCCUGAUCAGCUACGUGAGAUACAGCGGUUCCCGGGACAGGUGAAUACUGGGUCACCUGGGUUGGGUGGACGCACCUAACAGAUUUUGAGCGCCACACGAGUGGACGCCGGUUUUUUUUUUUCUUUUCUUUUCCCUUUGCAUCUGUUUUGCUUUCGCUUCGCUAAUACAGCCCGACAGGCUUUUGAGCUCGAUCGGAAUGCUCAGAGGAGCCCGGAGCCACUGCCGAUUGUGGGUCUCCGGAGGACCCUCAGGGCUCUAAUUCUGAUUCGGAUUUGGAAGGCUCAGAAGAGGAGGUUGUCUUUGCUAAGCAUGACCCUCCUACACCGUUAAAAGAGGAACUUAGGGCUCGGGAAGAUAAAAAGGGGAACCAAACACCACCCUGCCCGAGCUACUCCGCCUUACGGGAAGAGCUUAAGCCCUUCCGCCCUUUGGCAAGUUCGCGACCCAUGGUCGCUCCCUUCAGGGCGCCAGGCCCCACUGCACCGCCGUGGCCGGAAGAGGAGUUGCUCCCUGGGCUGCCACCACAACCUAUGGCACCGCCCUGGUUAGAGGGAGAGCUACUUCCUGGGUUGCCUUCUGCGCCCCCAUCUGGGGAGGGAGGAGGACGUUCCUUCCACCAGAGGGUAUGGUCGCGGCUUCCCUUUGAGUGUUCCGGUCUCCAUGCAUUCCCGGUACAAGUAGGAGGCAGGGGAGGAGGAGGAUAUUAUGAGCCCUUAGAAAUUAAACAACUUAAAGCUAUCAAGGACGCAGUUUCAGCUUAUGGGCCCAAUGCGCCAUUUACCAUGGCACUUUUAGAGGCAUUGGCAGGUCUGCUUUUAACUCCUGGAGAUUGGACCCAGCUGGCACGCGCCUGCCUCUCCCCCAGACAAUAUUUAGAUUGGAAGUCCUGGAAUGAGGAAUUCUGUGUAGAGCAGGCGGCAGCCAACAGGGAAAAUAACCAGAGAGAGUGGAACAGGGAUAUGCUAUUAGGGCGAGGAGCCUUUGAGGAAGAUCAAACUCAAUACCCUCGCCAGGUUUAUGAACAAAUUAGCCGCUGUGGCCUCCAGGCCUGGAGACGGCUGGCUGGAAAGGGAGAACAUACGGGUCACCUUACAAAAAUUAUACAAGGGCAGGGAGAGCCAUUUUCAGACUUUGUGGCCCGCAUGCUUGAGGCCGCUAACAGGAUUUUUCCAGAUGCUGAGGCGGCUCACCCUCUCAUAAAACAAUUGAUUUUUGAACAGUGCACUAAGGAGUGCCGUGAUGUCCUAAGAACUAACAAAAAUAGGUCCUUAGAAGAGUGGACACGCCUGUGCCGUGAAUUGGGUGGCCACGGCCUAACGCCCAAAGGAAGAAUAUCAUUGGCACUCUUUACCAUAAAUUUUUUAAAUCUUAAUCACAAUAAUCAUUCCCCUGCCAUGGAGCACAAUAACCCGUCCCCGGCCGACAAAGGGCUGGUGAGAUGGAAGAUGUCCUUACAGGACAAUGGAUGGGCCCGGAUCCAGUGGUUAGUUGGACCCGAGGUGCGGUUUGUGUCUUCCCACAGGAACCAGGCUGCGAACCGCUGUGGGUCCCGGAAAGAUUGACGCGAGCAGUAAACUCCCCACCAGUUCCUGAUAAAGCACAGGAAGAUAAGCCCGCGGACACAAGUCAACUCGACCCUUCUGGGACCGACGCUCAGUGCCCGAGACCAUCUACAAACUAAAAUGUCUGGUUUGGAGCUUUUUCUAUUCUGUGGGUUCCUAUUAAUCACCCCUGUGAUAUGCUCAGAUUCCACAGAACCACCACAAUAUCUUUGGGGUCCUUGGCACCACCCGCCCACAUUGGCACCUUUUUCGGCGGCCUCGCCCGCCUCACCCAGGGUUUACACCAUCAAUCAAACAGUCCUUGAUUAUGCUAAUUGCCAUGGCUAUCCUAGUAGGGCUUGUGGUUAUUAAAUGCUUGUUAGAUCGCCUCAUACAAACUCAGCAGCAGGUUAAGAUCACAGCUAUGGCAGCCAUGCAAAUGGCAGCAGGUGGCCCAUCAGGCCAGCAGGCCGCCGCAUAUCUCCUUCACAUUGCAGAACAUCAGCUAUAAGAGCUGAGUGGGCAAGCCAAUGACGGGCUCCACUCAGAUAUAUAUGGCCUAUAAGGCCAGGGGUCCCUCCCGGAGUCAAAUUAUUGGCAUUGAGAUGCGAGACCAAGGGUACUGCAGUGCCAUCCGCCCCAAAGGUUGGGGGGAAGGCAGGAAUGAAUGUCUAUAUGCAUCCAGGUUCGGUUCACAAAAGCCUGGCCCUGCGAAAAAAUGAACCACUCACCUUGAGCAUGGUCCUGGUGCAAGGAUAUGCACAAAACAGGGUGAUGCACAGCAGGGUAUAGACCUCUACAUUCUCUCAUGCCUCGGCCUACAAGGUAGGCCCACUCCUAGGUGUCUAACAGCAACAAGGUCAUAGACACCUUGGAGGGACCUACAGACCAUCCUAUUUUAAUAAAUAAAAAAGGGGGAGAUGUGGGAAGCCGCCUAUGAAUGGCGCCCAUUUCCUGCUUCUGGGUUCUUCCCGGCCUGAACAAGCCCGCCAAAUUGUCAUAUCUGCCCAGUUACCCGUGACGCUAGCCUAUCAGCUUGUUAGGCGCGCUUCUCUGUGAUUGGAUACUGCUUCCCCUUAUAAGAGGUUGUUCCUGCCCCCAACGGCGGAAGAGGAACCAACGUUGAGGGUGGCGGACCUUGUCAGGUCCGGUUCGCUGUACGUAAUAAAGUUUGAGAGCUGA